GUCACAAAAAUAGUCCCCGGUAUCUGAAUGAAGUGUUCUACAUUUUGUAUCUCUAUUAAACAGGGCCUGACCAGUUCUACCAGCUCUCAGCAAGUGCAAGAAAGAAUAUGUUGACGUCUUUGUUGUUUCUUUCAUUGGCAGCAUGGGUUGAUGCUCGGCUUUACAUCCACGGGGACCACUUCUACUACAAUGGUCAACGGGUGUUCUUCAGUGGAAUGAAUCAGGCCUGGGUGUCGUAUGGUUACGACUGGGGAAAUGAUCAGUACCAGCAUAGGCGAAACAAGUUCCAGUCUGUCAUCAACGCCGUAAAGAACAAUGGCGGAAACUCCAUCCGUGUAUGGGUUCAUGUUGAAGGACAAACCUCUCCGCAAUUUGAUCACACAGGUCACGUGAUUGGAACAGACGCAAGCCAUUCUUUGAUAAACGAACUUAAUGAAUACCUUCAGUAUGCUAGAAACCACCAAAUUUUCAUAUUCCUUUGCUUAUGGAAUGGCGCGGAUAGAGGCAACACAAACGCGCGUCUGGAGGGACUGAUAAAGGACACUAACAAGCUCCACAGUUAUAUCAACCACGCUCUUGUACCAAUGGUGAAGGCGCUGAAAGACCAACCUGCUCUGGCCGGGUGGGAUAUCAUUAAUGAGAUGGAAGGUGUCAUUAAUCCUAACUUACACAGCAGGGAGCCAUGCUUUGACACCACUUUCUUAAGGUCGUCUGGGGCGGGGUGGAAAGGACAUAUUUACUCAGCACAAGAACUUUUAAGAUUUAUAAACUGGCAAGUUGCCGCCAUUCGUCAAACAGAUCCCCAGGCCUUGGUGACGGCUGGAUCCUGGAACCCAAAGAGUAACACUGGCCUAAAUGGAAUGAAGAACCUCUACAGCGAUCACUGCCUCAUCACAGCAGGGCACAAUAAUGCGGGGACGUUGAACUUUUAUUCUACACAUACGUACGACGACAAGAAUAGCCACCAAUAUGACUCAUUGUCACCGUUCAAACACGACAAAAACCAGUACGGUCUGAAGAAACCUCUGAUAAUCGCAGAAUUCAACCAAGUACGAGGAGGUCAUAACACUAUUGGAGAGCUGUUCACUUACGCGUAUUACCAUGGUUACGCUGGCGCAUGGUCGUGGCACGCAAACGCAGACGGAAGUGACACAGAUUCCCUUGCAACACAGGAAGCUGGUUUGAGAUCACUUAGAGGGAAAAACGACCAGACCAAUGGGGGAAUAAUACAUUUAACAAUUUGAAUUGAUAGUAGUAUACUAUCAUAUCUACCUUGGAGAAAAGGAGAAUUAAAAUCAUAAUACUCAAACAAA